AAGAUAAGAUAACUUAACUGCUAUGAUUAAAUCUUGCUUCCGCUGUCUCCCUCACUAUUUUUGUGGCUCUCAAAAACUCUCCCAAAACACAGCACCAGAAGAGCAAAACUUCUGAGAGUUUUUAGCUACACACAAUAGGCAGCCAUAAACCCUAACAAACAAUGGCUAUUACUCUCCAAGCCUCCCUUCUCUUCCACGCUCCGUCGUUUUCUCCUUCUAAACACCGCCUCUUCCUCUUCAACUCCUCCGCUCUCCGCCUCCACCGCCGCCCCGCUCCGUCGCUCUCUCUAUCAAGUAUUUCGUUAUUCACUUCUCGAUUUCAUCUCCUUCCUCGCUGCACAUUGAGUCCAGAUAAUGCUGAUUUAAUCUCACCGGAGUUAAAUUCGAAUUCUGAUUCUGCUAUUGAUUCAGUCCAAGUCAAUGAGUCUGAUUCUCCUGUUUUCAGCGGCGGAGGUGAUACGGCGGCGGAAGUAGUUGAGAGUGAAAAUGCGGAGAGCGAGGAUGUAAAUGAGAAUUGGCUUACGAGACAAGGAUUGAACAGUAAAUUACCUAUUGUAGUGUUUUUGUUAGGAUUUUUAGCGGCGACUAAGAAACAAUUAGAUAAAUUAUUAGCCUCUGAUUGGCUGAGUUGGUUGCCGUUUUGGCGACAAGAGAAGCGGUUAGACCGCCUUAUUGCUGAAGCUGAUGCUAAUCCUAAAGAUGCUGCCAAACAAGCCGCUCUCUUAACUGAACUUAAUAAACAUAGUCCUGAGUCAGUGAUAAAGAGAUUUGAACAGAGAGAUCAUGCUGUUGAUAGUAAAGGCGUCACGGAAUAUCUUAAAGCGCUUGUUGUUACUAAUGCUAUUAGUGAUUAUCUUCCUGAUGAGCAAUCUGGAAAGCCGUCUAGUCUCCCUGCGCUGUUGCAAGAGCUGAAGCAGCGUGCAUCAGGAAAUGUGGACAAGUCUUUUGUGAACCCUGGUGUAUCUGAGAAGCAGCCUUUACAUGUCGUAAUGGUUGAUCCUAAAGUGUCAAACAAGUCAAGAUUUACUCAAGAGCUGAUCUCUACUAUUUUGUUUACUGUAGCAGUCGGAUUAGUUUGGGUAAUGGGAGCAGCUGCUCUUCAAAAGUACAUUGGGGGCCUAGGGGGAAUAGGUGCUUCAGGAGUUGGUUCAAGUUCUUCAUAUGCACCCAAGGAGUUGAAUAAAGAAGUCACACCUGAGAAAAAUGUUAAAACAUUCAAGGACGUCAAAGGCUGCGAUGAUGCAAAACAGGAGCUUGAGGAAGUAGUAGAAUACCUCAAAAACCCAACAAAGUUUACUCGCCUUGGGGGGAAGUUGCCAAAGGGAAUUUUGUUGACAGGAGCACCUGGUACAGGAAAAACAUUGCUUGCCAAGGCAAUUGCUGGAGAAGCCGGGGUACCUUUUUUCUAUAGAGCAGGAUCUGAAUUUGAGGAAAUGUUCGUUGGCGUUGGUGCUCGGCGUGUGAGAUCCUUGUUUCAAGCAGCUAAAAAAAAGGCUCCAUGCAUUAUUUUUAUCGAUGAGAUUGAUGCUGUUGGGUCUACACGAAAACAAUGGGAAGGUCAUACCAAGAAAACGUUGCAUCAAUUACUAGUUGAGAUGGAUGGUUUUGAACAAAACGAGGGAAUCAUUUUGAUGGCAGCGACAAAUUUACCAGAUAUUCUUGAUCCAGCUUUGACCAGGCCUGGUAGAUUCGACAGGCAUAUUGUUGUUCCAAAUCCGGAUGCGCGUGGUCGUCAAGAGAUUUUGGAGCUAUAUCUACAAGAUAAACCUUUAUCAGAUGAUGUAGAUGCCAAAGCAAUUGCCCGUGGCACACCAGGCUUUAAUGGAGCAGAUCUCGCAAAUCUAGUUAACAUUGCUGCCAUCAAGGCUGCUGUUGAGGGUGCGGAGAAAUUGAAUGCUGCACAGUUGGAAUUUGCGAAAGAUAGGAUAAUUAUGGGCACAGAAAGGAAAACUAUGUUCAUUUCAGAAGAAUCAAAAAAGUUAACUGCAUAUCAUGAGAGUGGCCAUGCCAUUGUAGCCUUCAAUACUGACGGUGCACAUCCAAUUCAUAAGGCAACUAUAAUGCCACGUGGAUCUGCUUUAGGGAUGGUCACCCAGCUGCCUUCAAAUGACGAGACAUCAAUUAGCAAAAAGCAGUUGUUAGCUCGUCUUGAUGUUUGUAUGGGGGGACGAGUUGCAGAAGAGCUCAUAUUUGGUCAGGACCAUAUUACUACUGGUGCAAGUAGUGAUCUCCAUACGGCUACCGAGCUUGCCCAUUAUAUGGUAUCAAAUUGUGGGAUGAGUGAGGCAAUAGGACCAGUACAUAUCAAAGAGCGGCCAAGUUCAGAAAUGCAAUCACGUAUAGACGCUGAAGUGGUGAGACUGCUUAGAGAUGCUUAUGAUCGUGUAAAGGCCUUGCUAAAGAAGCAUGAAAAGGCAUUACAUGCAAUGGCAAACGCUCUGUUAGAGUACGAAACACUUAGUGCGGAAGAAAUCAAGCGAAUUCUUCUUCCUUACCGAGAAGGACGGCUUCCGGAGCAACAAGAAGAACAACAGGAAGAAGGUGAGCUUGUAUUGGCUUAAUCUUGUAAUCUAAAUUCAGCAAAAGGGGGGACUCUCUGUACAGUGUAUUUAAAAGCAGCUCAGCUGAUUAUUUAUAUAAUUUCUUCCAAUUACCCCCUCA